GCCGGUUCAGACUUUUGGUCCAUGCUUGACCUUGACUCGACCCAUCAUCCCUCUAUUGCUUAAACUCUCUCAUUACUCACCGCUCCAUGUUAACGACGAGAAACGGUGCCGUUUACACGACAUCGCCCUUGGGGCACGCGUACAAGCUUUACCUUGAUGAUAAGCUUCAGGAUGCCCGACAACUCUUGCGGCAAUUCGUUUAUAACAACCAAAAGGAUACAUCUAAUCUUACAGAGGCUUGCUCUUUGUUAAUAAAAAUAUGUAACGAUCUGAAUGAUGACUGGAAGGAGAUGUGGUCAUGUUUGCAUGAUAUUUAUGGUUCAGCAAUUCCUGAUCAACUUGUUGAAUAUUUCGUCUUUUCUUGCUUGUCUACACCUUUAAACAAAGAAAAUUCAAAAGAGAAGAUUACUUUAUUAUACUCUUUCCUUCCAUUGUUUUCUCAUUCUCCGUUCAUUCGUUGUCUUCCAUUGGCGGUUCGUACUGCAUGUUCAAUUAAAGAUUAUGACCUAGCAAGACAAUUUGCCAGGUUUGGUGAAGAUCCAGGGGCUUUAUAUAAAGUCAUUGAGCAAUCAUUAGCAAAAGACAAAUUACCUUCGUCUCUGUCGUCUCUGUCUCCAUCUCCGUCAUCUGCUCGUUCGACGUCUCUGUUCCCCACUUUUCAACAAAUUCACAUCUUAAAAGCGUUUCUCUCUCGACGCUGGAAAACAACGACAGCAGUCAUACUUGGCCUUUUAUCACUACUAUUUUAUCUGCGAAAGCUGAUAAGAAACAGAAACCAUCCUCAACGCUGGUUAAUUUAUCUAAAACAACUGCUUUCAAAGUUACUGUAUUUGUUUUAAUUUAUACUAAAUUUACACUCUUUGUUUAAAAAUAGCGUUUUUGUAGAAUAACAAAGAAACACCCGAGACGAUCUUUUUUGCGCUAGUUCAACCAUUAAAACG